AUGGUAGAAGCGACAGAUGUCAACUAUCUCAGACAAGAGAACACCGAUGAGAUAAAUGUUAAAACACCAACAACACAAAAGAAAAACAAGCCAGUCGACCCAAACAUAUCUAAAGAAAAAGAUCUUAAUUCAACUGACGAAGAUGACAAAAUAAUUUCAAAUGAAAAAAAAGGGAAUCAUACCACCACAAUAAAGCCAACAAUGAUGAACAA